AUGGUUACUAUUGCCACGCCAAGGAACCGACAAAGGCGAAAACGAGUGGAUAGUAUAGGCGAGACAUCUGGACAAGUUUUAUAUCUAGAACACGUUACACCAAGAGGACAAACCAUCAUUCCUAUGAUUUUUCGUGAGGUCCCACGAAUUGUAGAUUGGGGUGACAGCGAUGUGAAUAAACAGAUGAAUGAUAUCUUGAAGUUAGGAGGCUUUAACCUGGAGGAGAUGAAUGAUAUCUUGAAGUUAGGAGGCUUUCACCUGGAGGAGUUGAAUGUUUUUGUUGAGGAGGAGCUAAGUGAUGGUGCACUUGGUACCGCAUCCUAG